AUGGCCCAACCCGUUGUUCCCCCCGUACCUACUGGAGCCCUCCUUCCCCGGCAGCUGCUUGGAGUGCCCGCCAUAGGUCGGAAGAGGAAGACACGCGAAGGAGGAAGAUACCGCGCCCGGUUAAACCACCUCGCACCCGUUUCCUUUGUCCGGCUGCAGACGCAGCCCAAGCCGCCGCCCGGGCAGGCGCCGCUCUCUUCCGGGACCUUGGACUGCUUCAGAAAGACGCUGCUCAGAGAGGGAGUCCGAGGCUUGUAUAAAGGAAUGGCAGCUCCUAUUGUUGGAGUGACACCCAUGUUUGCCGUGUGCUUCUUUGGUUUUGGCUUGGGAAAAAAACUCCAGCAGCGAAAACCUGACGACAUUUUGACAUAUCCACAGCUCUUUGCUGCUGGCAUGUUGUCGGGAGUGUUUACAACAGCCAUCAUGGCUCCAGGAGAGAGGAUCAAGUGCCUUUUACAGAUCCAGGCAGCUUCAGGUGAAACUAAAUACAGUGGCCCCCUGGACUGUGCGAAACAGCUGUACCGUGAGGCUGGCGUGCGAGGCGUGUACAAGGGGACAGUGCUCACCCUCAUGAGAGACGUUCCAGCCAGUGGAAUGUACUUCAUGACGUACGAAUGGCUGAAGAACAUUCUGACCCCCCAGGGCAAGAGUGUGAGUGACCUCAGCGUGCCUAGGAUCCUCUUUGCCGGCGGCCUGGCUGGGAUCUUCAACUGGGCCGUUGCCAUUCCCCCCGACGUGCUGAAAUCCCGCUUCCAGACAGCUCCUGCUGGAAAAUACCCAAAUGGCUUCAGAGAUGUGUUGAGAGAACUUAUCCGAGAGGAAGGUGUUGCAUCUCUCUAUAAGGGUUUCACAGCUGUAAUGAUCAGGGCAUUUCCCGCUAACGCGGCCUGUUUCCUUGGUUUCGAAGUUGCUAUGAAGUUUCUUAAUUGGAUUGCACCAGGUCUAUGAAGAUGAGGAAGUCUUUGGAUAUUAGAGAUGAGAGGGAAGCGAGCACGAGUAUGCCUCCGAGGAAUAAAAGAAUGAUCACUUGAAGUUCCAGGAAUGAUUACUUAUCUAAUACCCUUUUGCCUUCUUCAUGUUCUUUAGGUGGUGCAAUGUGCCAUUCAGAAAUAGAAGCCAUAACUCUGAAAUAGAGUUGGUCAGGAGUUAGAGGUGGUGCACCUGAUUUCUGAGCCAAAGUACCACAGCAGUAAUGCUGCAAAUACAUAGCUAUCACUAUUA